UUGCAUAUAAUUUUGGAUGACACUCCCCCUUUUUACUGUAUUCUCUAGAGCCUAGUAAGAAUAGGAGCCUAAAAAGAAUAGGGGCACAUGUUUCUUUACCGGGCUAUAAUUUGAUGCAUUUUUUAAUCCAAACUAUUACUAUUAAAACAUAAAAUAUAUUUAAACGUCAUUGGUACGAUCUCUAAUUAUAUAUUUAGAAUUAUUGUAUAAUUGCUAUAGAUAGAUAUCAAAUUAAUUAUUGUUUAUAGAUAGAAGUUUAAUCAAUUAUGAUAUAUCUUUCAAUCUUUGCUUGUAAGCCAUGAUGCUAUUCAUAUCCCACUGCGCCGAAACAAUUAACUUUCAACGGUCAGGUAACUUUUAACAGGCUCAGGGUCAAAAGUUCAUAACAUCUUAUAGCUUUCUCGCCCUCUUAUAAGUUGCGGUUAACUUCCAACGGUUACACCUGUUUUCAGAAGUCAAACCGAACAUAAUUAAAACUCACGUACACAUCAAUUACAUAAAUGAUUCAUCAUUGCAGAGUGCUCAAAAAUAUAAUAAUAUAAAGAUUAUUUAACAUUAGUACAGACUGACAUCCACAUAGUCUUAAACUUCAUAAAUAUCAAAGUGCAUGAACGGAAACGUAACUAAUUAACGACCCUGACUGGAAGAUUAUGCUAACGAUGAUGAUUUCUGCAGGGAAAAGGAUACAAUUUUCGGCGGAAACAGUCCUCUUCGUUAUUUAAUUUGGAGCAGUUCUCUCUCGUCUCGACACUGCACGGCAGUGACGGCACGGAGGAGUUAAAAAGACGGCAGCGCACCGGCACCUCCUCUCACACAGGCAGUCCCCCCUCCCCCCACCCACCCAGCGUGCGAGGCGAUCAAACCGUGUGCGGGCAUGGCGGCCACGCUGCUCCUGGCCUCGGCGACCGCGCUCCUGGCGCUGGCGGCGGCGUGGCUCUGGGACUACGUCGUGGUGCGCCUCCUUUGGCGGCCCCGCGCAGUGGCCGGCAUGUUCAGGGCGCAGGGGGUCCGCGGGCCGCCCUACAGCUUCCUCAGCGGCUGCAACCGCGAGAUGAGGAGGAUGAAGGCGGAGGCCGACGACGGGCUCCGGCUGGACGUCCGCGACCACAACUACCUCCCCAGGGUGAUGCCCCACUUCCUCGCCUGGAAGCAGCAGUACGGGGAGCCAUUCCUGUACUGGAUGGGUCCGCGGCCCCGGGUCUGCCUCUUCGACUACGAGUCGGUAAGGCAGGUUCUUUUCAACAAGUCGGGUCAUUUCUUCAAGGACGACGCCCACCCGACUAUCCUGGCAAUGCUCGGCAAAGGGCUGGUCCUGGUGGAAGGCACCGACUGGGUGCGCCAUCGGAGGGUGGUCAACCCAGCCUUCGCCAUGGACAAGCUCAAGAUGAUGACGGAGACGAUGGUCAGCUGUGCUGAGCCACUGAUCAAGCGGUGGGAACAGCUCGCAGCCAGCAGAUCCAGCGAGGACGGUGGGAGGGGAGAAGUGCAAGUGGAGUUCAGCAAGCAGUUCCAGGACCUGACGGCGGACGUUAUCUCCCACACCGGUUUCGGAAGCAGCUACAAGGAGGGCAAAGAGGUGUUCCAUACGCAGAAGCAGCUCCUGGCGCUCGCCAUGGCGACUCUCCUCAACGUGCAGCUGCCAGGAUUCAAGUAUCUCCCUACCAAGAACAACAGGCUCAAGUGGGCGCUAGAAAAGAAGAUGAAGACGACGCUCACGGCGAUCAUACAGUCGCGGGUGGCAUCCAAUGGGAGGAGUAGUGGAUACGGAGACGACCUGCUCGGCCUGAUGCUCGAGGCCUGGCUCACAGCGGAACGAGGAGGAGGGGAACGGGACGAGUCGAGCCUGACCAUGGACGAGAUCAUAGACGAGUGCAAGACAUUCUUCUUCGCAGGCCACGAGACCACGUCCCAUCUGCUCACCUGGACAAUGUUCUUGCUCAGCGUGUACCCGGAAUGGCAGCAACGGCUAAGGGACGAGGUCCUGAGAGAGUGUGGACAGGCAAACCCUACUGCAGACACGCUUAACAAAUUCAAUGAGAUGACGAUGGUGCUCCUCGAGACACUGAGACUCUACGGCCCUGUCAUGCUCAUGCUAAGAAAGCCUACCUCCGACAUAAGGCUGGGCAGCCUCAGCAUACCGAAAGGCAACGGGAUCGCCAUACCUGUCCCGUUCCUCCACCGAGACAGAGAGGUCUGGGGCGACAACGCCAAUGACUUCGAUCCGUUGAGGUUUCAGAACGGGGUCACGAACGCGGCCAAGACCCCGCAGGCUCUUCUGUCGUUCUCGAUCGGGCCGAGGGCAUGCAUCGGCCAGAACUUCGCGAUGCUGGAAGCCAAGUCGGUGAUGGCCAUGAUCCUGAAGAAGUUCUCCUUCACGCUUUCCUCGAGCUACGUGCACGCGCCUGUGGAUUAUAUCACGCUCCAGCCUAAGUUCGGCCUUCCCAUAGUUUUGAGGCCACUCCCGGAUGUAUGAUGUGAAAUGGAUCUGUAGCCUGAUAGCUGAUUUUUUUGGGGGGUCUAACUGUCUAAGUAUGCAUAAGAGGUCAGUAUUCAGGACUUGGUUUCAUCCGCCAAACAGUAAGGCUAAAGAACCAAAACUUGUUGAAAACUGGUAACUUUCUGGGAUUUUAUGCCCGUAUUAUGUAUAUAAAUAUAUAAUGCUACAUAGAACUUUGUAUUCGGAGUUGGUUCUGAGUUGAA